GGACUACCUCUCUAAUCUCUAUACACGCACAACUCUCCCUUCUCUCCCACCCAGCACCCACGCUUGAAACCUUUGACGCUUCGAUUUCUCAACAAGUUCCCAAUUCCCAAAUCCCUAUUCAUAUUAAUCCCUCUCAAACUCUAUUGGUCGAGCUCUAGCCAACGCCUCGUCUUCUGAUCCAAUUGAAAUGUUAACAGCACAGCCCCCAGAGAAUAAAUCAAGGAUGACUGAUAAAUAUUCUCCUUGUGCACUUCUCCUUCUCCAAAGACCCACACCGAGAGAUUCAACAGGUAGGAAAUCGAUUCCUUUUGAUAAUUUGGAUGUUGAUUGAAUUUGCCCUUUCAUUUUGGAUUUCUGAAGAGCAGCACAUGCGCAUCCCAUAUGGAUGUAGGGAGCCAAUUAUAAUACCCUUUCAAUGAUCUCACUAAUACCCUCACUUCCUGAAGCUUCUCCCACUUUCAGAUCUUUUCUUUUACUUUUGCUAAUGGGGUAUGGGGAAGAACUUUAGGGUUUACUAAGAUUCAAUAAAACGUUUGGUUUCAAGGAAGUCUUGAGUGCUUAACUUACCUUGUUUUAUUAUUUUUAAUGGAUACUUCUCUUUACGUUUAUCCUCAUAAAGUUUUGAUGUUAUAUGUUACUUAUGUAGAUUGUGAUAUAAAUGGAUCAAGAAGCUGGAGAUUUGAAUCAAAAGUCAUAUGAUCCUUCUGUAAUUCAGCCUAGCUCUGACCCCAAUGGCACACAAGCAGGCCCAUCACAAAUGCCUGUUGCAGUAGAGGUGCAGAAUCAGUUUGGAAAUGGAGCCAACGACAAUGAUGGCAAUGAGGUGGCUAACAAUGCCAAAGGCGGGAAUGAAGGGAAAGUCUAUUCUGAAUGGUGGGCUCAUUAUGAAAAACUGGAAGUUAACAAGGUUAAGAAGGCAAAAUGCAAAUACUGCAAGCGCUUAAUGGUUGGAGAUCCGAAGCAGGGAACAAGCCAUCUGAAGAAGCAUUAUGAAAGAUGCCCCAAACGCAAGGUUCCUGUGGAUAUAAGGCAGCAGCUCUUACAAGCCAAUUCCAACAAGGAGAAAUUUCAGCUUUCCCCAUUCAACUUUGAUAAACAAAAUUCUCGGAAAGAGCUUGCAAAGGCGAUUAUAAAGCACGAGUACUCUCUUUCUAUUGUUGAUCAUGAAGGUUUUAGGAGUUUUGUUGCAAGCUUGAACCCGUUGUUCAAGAUGGUAUGUAGAAACACCAUCAAGAAGGACUGUCUCACAAUCUAUGACCUUGAAAGAGACGCAAUGAUGCAACUUCUGGACAAAAAUGAAGGUCGUGUGGCCUUAACGACUGAUAUGUGGACAUCAACUUCGCAAAAGAAAGGAUUCAUGGUCGUCACAGCUCAUUAUGUCGACAAUAAUUGGAAGCUACAAAGUCGAAUCCUUAGGUUCAUAUAUUUGCCAGCACCACAUACCAGUGAUGUUCUUGCCGAAGCAUUGUGGGAUUGUAUGACGCAAUGGAAUGUUGACAGCAGGUUAUCUGCUAUCACAGUGGAUAAUUGCUCAACCAAUGAUGCAAUGAUGUCGCAAUUGUUGGAGAAACUUCCAUUUGAGUCUCUUCAACUUGGAGGUUAUUGAGCCGGCAAUUGAGAAGAUUCGAAGUAGUGUCCAAUUCUGGUUGGGGACACCAAAAAGAUGGGAGAGGUUUGUGAUUGCUGCUCGUCAAUUACGUACUAAGUUUUCUAAGAAGCUAAUCCUUGAUUGCGAUACACGUUGGAAUUCAACUUACAUGAUGCUAGCUACUGCUCUCAAAUAUAAAGAGGUUUUUGCUAGGAUGAAGAAUCUUGAACCAAAAUAUAAAUGCUUGCCAACUGAAUCUGAGUGGAAGUUGACUAAGGAAAUCUGUGAUAAGCUUGAUAUAUUCCAUAAGGCCACUCAAGUUUUCUCUGGCACGAAGUAUCCUACUGCAAACUUGUUCUUUCCUAUUAUUUGUGAGAUUAAGUUGGCCACUCAAAGGGCAGUCAAGUGUCAUUUUGUUUUAGAUUUGAUGCUUAUGCUGCCCAAAAGAAAAGUAAACAGCCUGAGAGAUCGGAACUCGAUGCUUAUUUGGAUGAUGGAAUUAUAAGAGAUGCAUCUGAUUUAGAUGUGUUGAGUUGGUGGAAAUCAAAUAAGGGAAAAUAUCCUGUCUUGCACAAGGUUGCUAGAGAUUUUCUCUCUAUUCCAGCUUCUACUGUAGCUUCAGAGUCAGCUUUUAGCACAAGUGGGAGGGUCAUUGGCCCUCAUCGCAGUAGGCUUGCCCCAGAGACCCUAGAAGCCCUAAUGUGUGCACAAAAUUGGUUAUUGGCAAGUUCAAAAGGUAACUUGUAGUUUUAUUAAUCAUUAUUAGUAUCAUAGCAAUAGUCUUUUCAACAUAUAUUUAACUAUUUUCAUUAUGAUACAGGGGAUCCAUCAAAAAGGCACUCACUUUCAACAGUUUUGGAUGAUUCAGAGGAUGAGCUAGAAGACACAUCUGAGGAACUUGAGGUAAGUUAUACUGGUCUGUUCAUUAUCUUGCUAUACUGGUAUGUUUCUAAAUUUUUAUAUUGUGAUGCUACUGUAUUUGUUUAGUUUAGCUGUUAUGUGUUACAUGUUAGUACAUGUAGUGUUGUGCUUUCCUGUGUUUUUGCUUCUCUUUAUUAGAAGUAAAAUUAAAUGCAUUCAGUUAGUUUAUUACAGCUUUUCUGCUGUGUUUUUAUUCUCUCACAUGCAUGUAUUUACUAUUUAGUUAAGCUUUCCUGUUGUGUUUUUGUUCUAUCUGUGUUGGUUUAAAACCAUAUUAUUAAUUGAUUACUUAUUAUCAUAUACAUGUCUAGAACAAAGAGACCAAUAUAGCUUGAUAUGCUUACUUAGUAUAGUCCAAAACUGACUGGUUGAUGUUGCUUUUAAUGAAACUUGCAGACUGCAGCAGCUUGAGCAAGUGGUGUUGGAGUUUGAAGUCUGCAGUCUGAAGUUGAAGGUCUUAAGGAACUUAUAUUAUGGAUUUUGCAGAUCGCGGCAGCUUGCAACAAUAGUGAUGCAGCCUGCAGAAGUGAAAUUUGAACUUUGAAGUUAAAUUCUCGAGUUUGCAGAUUGCAGCAGCUUGAAUAUGAAGUGCUUAAUUCUAUUUGUUAUAAUUUGAUAUGGAUUUAUGGUGAAUGAAGAUGCAGUUUGCAGUAGGCUGAUAAACUCUAUCUAGUUUAAGUUUUUGGGAGAUCUGAGCAUUUAACUUGGAAGCUGAUGCAUCAAGCUGGUUUUCUGUUUUUUCUUUUUGUUUUAGUCUUGAACAAUUAGUUGUUCCGAAUUUUCAAGUAC